GGCCUCACACGGACUCUGACCGGCGUGCAGCACACUUAGGGCUGGCCUGGCUGCCGUCAUGUCCUGCUCGGCACCGCAGGCCGGGGAUGAGGCGCCGUGGGCGGACUGCGACGGGGACGACGCGCUGGCCGACGAAGAUGACACCUGCCAGCUGGAGAAGCGCAUGUCGGAUCGCAGGAGGGCCCAGUCUCUACCGGCGUGCCCGGCGGCGCUGCUGGCCGCCGUGGCCAGGAGUAACGGGCCGAAGCGGGUGAAGUUCGCAGACUCCAUGGGCUUGAGUCUGGCCAGCGUCAAACACUUCAGCUCGCUGGAGGAGCCGCACGUGCCCAGCAAGGUCUUUUCCCGUCACGCCAGCUUCCCUCCCCAAGGAGACCUGCUGGGGGUGCUGGACCACCACUUUGACCUGCCGGAGCCUCAUGACCCGGACGGCCGCGUCAGGCGUCUGCGCGUGUGCUUGGAGCAGCUCUCCGUCACGCAGUUCGACGUGCGCGGCCACGUACGCGUGCUGAGCGGCGGCGCCCACACAGAGGUCGGGGUCCGCUACACCUUCAACGACUGGCUCUCGCACGUGGACGCGCAGGCUCUGCUGGAGGAAGCGGAGCUUCCUGGCGGCACGGGCGCACGCUACGGCUUCACCAUGUACACGCCGCCCUUCAUGGAGCCCGGCUCGGCGGUCCACUUCGCCGUGUACCUGCGGGGCGACGAGGGAGAGUUCUGGGACAACAACGACGGCCGGAACUUCACGCUGCGGUACCGAGGUUUGCACGAGCACUUUGUCUGCGCCCCCUGAGCUACACUUGGCGCCGUGAUGUCACCGCGUCGGAGGUGAUGCGACCAGCUGAAAUAAAAGUCAUCUGUGGAUGUGAGCCACGCGGUUCUGUUCUGGUCUGUGAGAACGAGCAUGCAGCAGGAUGAAUUGCAAUGGUUAAACAUUUCUUAAAGCAGGUCUGCAUCACACAAAGUCCUGCAAAAGAGGUCCAUCGUGACCAAAGUGACCUUUCGUGUUUGGUCAGUCAAUACUAGCGACUGAUGUGCAUUCCAGAGCAUUAGAGGUUAGGAAAUGUCCGACUUGGACUCAUUUCUUAGGUUCACAUCAUAAAUGGUGAAAGUAAACAAAAACACGGCUGACCUCAAUAAGCGUGUUGUUUCGCAUGGUGCCAAAAAGUCGCAUUGGCACCUUGUCCAAUGUUGCCAAAUUGCCUUCUUUCAGUUUAUUAAAGGGGAAGUGCACUUUUUUGUAAUGUUGUCUAUCAUUCACAACCCCUACAUAAGACAAGAACACAUAGGCUGCAUAAAGAGAGUAAAACCUAAGUCAUAAAUAAACUAGGGAUGUCCGAUAAUAUCGGACGGUCGAUAUUAUCCGCCGAUAAAUGCUUUAAAAUUUAAUAUCGGAAAUUAUUGGUAUCGGUUUCAAAAAGUAAAAUUUAUGACUUUACAAAACGCCGCUGUGUACACGGAUGUAGGGAGAAGUACAGAGCGCCAAUAAACCUUAAAAGGCACUUCCUUUGCGUGCCGGCCCAAUCACAUAAUAUCUACAGCUUUUUACACACACAAGUGAAUGCAAGCCAUACUUGUUCAACAGCCAUACAGGUCACACUGAGGGUGACCGUAUAAACAACUUUAACACUGUUACAAAUAUGCGCCACACUGUGAACCCACACCAAAGAAGAAUGACAAACACAUUUCGGGAGAACAUCCGCACCGUAACACAACAUAAACUCAACAGAACAAAUACCCAGAACCUCUUGCAGCACUAACUCUUCCGGGACGUCCCCUCCCACCAACCCCGCCAACCUAAAAAAAAUAAUGCACUUUGUGACUUCAAUAAUAAAGUGCCAUGUUGGCAUUUUUUACCAUAACUUGAGUUGAUUUAUUUUGGAAAACCUUGUUACAUUGUUUAAUGCAUCCAGCGGGGCAUCACAACAAAAUUAGGCAUAAUAAUGUGUUAAUUCCACGACUGUAUAUAUCGGUAUCGGUUGAUAUCGGAAUCGGUAAUUAAGAGUUGGAUAAUAUCGGAAAUGGGCAAAAAAAGCCAUUAUCGGACAUCUCUACUCUUUAUGCAUUCUAAGUCAUAAAUAAACGCUAGCAAAAGUCAGCUAUGGGAUUCAUGACGUCAUUGCAUCUAAAGCCCUUUAAAAAAAACAUCCAAAAACCACCAACAAUACUCAGUUUACAUCUCGUGACCUGAAUGGUUACCAAGUAUUAGCAAUAUUGUUAUUAUAAGUGCUAAUGUUAAAGGGACUACUUUUAGUGGCGCAGUGACCACAGAUCGCUAACUAGCUUAUGCUGCGAUAUUGACAUAUUGAGUUGCUGCUUCGUUUUAAUUGGUAAACCUUAAUUCUAGAUUAUAAAUCAUGACCAUCACCUGGAUAGUGGAAGGUUGGGGCCAUAAACCGAGAAGUUAGUCAACUUUGACGUCCAAAAGACACACGUUUACUUUUUUUUCCAGCUGCAGGAAGAUUAUGAUUAAUUCCUCAUCCAAACGAGAAGAUACAAACGUUCCAUCAGUCAGCAUCCCAGUGAGAGCAGACAUUGUACAGUAAGUGAUUGUUUUAUUAUGUUCGUAGUUUGUAUUUCUUGUUUAGUCCUUAGAAGUGAUUACCAAAGCUGGAUCUGUUUAGCACACAGCUUCUUAAAACGUGUAGAUCUUCCUCCUUUUAUUCAGGUUAAAAAUGAAAAGGUUCUGCGCUCAUAAUUUAGGCUUAGACAAACUUUAAUGAUCCACAAGGGAAAUUGUUCCACACAGUAGCUCAGUUACAAUGAUGGAACGUGUAAGGAUGGAAAGGACAAUGCAGGUAAAAAUAGACUAAAUAUAGCGAUAUAAAAUAUAACAUAUAUACAUAAUAUAUACCGUAUUUUUCGGAGUAUAAGUCGCACCUGCCGAAAAUGCAUAAUAAAGAAGGAAAAAAAACUAUAUAAGUCGCACUGGAGUAUAAGUCGCAUUUUUGGGGGAAAUUUUUUUGAUAAAACCCAACACCAAGAAUAGACAUUUGAAAGGCAAUUUAAAAUAAAUAAAAAAUAGUGAACAACAGACUGAAUAAGUGUACGUUAUAUGAGGCAUAAAUAACCAACUGAGAAGGUGCCUGGUAUGUUAACGUAACAUAUUAUGGUAAGAGUCAUUCAAAUAACUAUAACAUAUAGAACAUGCUAUACGUUUACCAAACAAUCUGUCACUCCUAAUCGCUAAAUCCCAUGAAAUCUUGUACGUCUAGUCUCUUACGUGAAUGAGCUAAAUAAUAUUAUUUGAUAUUUUACGGUAAUGUGUUAAUAAUUUCACACAUAAGUCGCUCCCGAGUAUAAGUCGCACCUAUGAAAAACUAUGAAAAAAUCUGCGACUUAUAGUCCGAAAAAUACGGUACAUAAUAUAUGUACAGUAUAUUAUAUAUACUGAUAUAUUAUAUUAGGUCUAUAUCAUAUAUACAAUAUAUAACAAUUACCAUGUACAAUAUUACAGUAUAUGUGACAGCAGCAGCAUAAAAUAGAGAGUAAAUCCAGCAGAAAAUAGACAUUAAAAACAAAGAAGUAGAAAACAUAGGUGUCAGGUAAUAGACAGAUAUCAUCUAUUGCUGUAUGGCGAGUGAUUAUACAGCUGGAUGGAGUGCGGAAUGAAGGAGUUCUUGAGUCGAACACUGUGGGAACGAAGCUGAAGGAGCCUGUUGGAGUAUGAACUAUAAUUUGUCCCAAAGUAGACUUUGUUGUCUCUCAUGAAGUACUUCAUGAGUAGUAGUAGUGUUGUCGAAGGGAAAAGCAAUUGUUGUGAUGCAUCUGUGAAAUUAUUACGCCGCCGUGUGCUUAAAAUGACUAAAAUAUGUAACAUUACAUUACAGAUAUACUUACAUUGUGUAAUAAAACAGAUUUUUGGACGUUUUAUAGAGCGCUUUAUAGGACCUUCGUUGUUAGUUGACUUUUGCAAGCGAUUAUUUAUGAGUUAGAAUGCAUAAGAAAAGAAAAACGUGUUCUUGUCUGACAUAAGGAUUGUGAAUGACAAGCACAAUUCCCUUGAAAGUGACAACUGUGAAAGCAGAGUGCAAACAACGCUUAAAAAAACACUGCAAAUGUUGCUGGCUCCCAACGGCACCAAACUAACACAAACUCUUGAAGGGUACUUGUAGUCCCGGAUCAACACGGUCCUAACAGACAACGACGUGCACGAGGUGCUGACAAACAUAAGUGUUUGUGUGCAAAGGGGACCGGCACGCUCGCCCCUAAGCUAACACACUGGUCUAUUAUUAGCAAAGAUGCAGGCUGCACGGUCAAUCACCUGCUUUACCUUCGCCCUGCUAAACCUUUACCUGACCGCCCCUCCCUUUCUUCACUGCGACAAUGUUGCUGCAGAGGAAGAAGUUACAUGACAGCAACAUAUUCAUUUGUUGGUUCCCUGCCUGAAUAAAGCCAUAGGAACCUUCUGAUCUUUUCACUUGUGUCACUGAUUUUAUUUGUUUAGACUUUAAAUAAUAUACAACAUUCACAAUGGAUCUUCUGAGCCCUCUCGAGUACACUCCCACAAGGCCCCUCCCACCUCAGAACCGGGAAGUGCUGAUUGGCUGUGAUGUCACGUCCCCAUCCUCCACCUGCAUGCUACUCCACCACCGUCUUCUGGCUCUGGUACAUGCUGCCAAUGGCCACCUGCAAGACAGCGGCAAUGUUUCAUUGGUCGGAUGUUUGCCUUUUUGGCAUUUCGUGUGACUUUAUUACUUAUUAUUUACCCACUUUGUUUGUGUACGGUGUGUGUUUCCAGGCGGCAUGUCACUGUGUCAAUAUUACCCAAUGUGUUCAAAUGCAAGGGCCAAUUAUGGUCAUGUGUGACGCCGCUGUGCUGCACAAACUGCUGAGUCCAAACCAGAUGUGUCCAUGCCUUUUUUGCUGAGGGCCACACACUGAAAAAUUAAAGCAUGCAGGGGCGAUGUUGAUGUUUUUCAUUUGCAAAUCCAAUUCAAUAAAUAUAUUUUUACUUUUAGGGCUCCCUUCAAGUUUGGUCCCAGGGACUUGGAAGUGUCCCAGUCAUAAUUAUUAUUUGUUUUAAAUAAGCCAUAUAUAUACACAGUAUAUAAUUUUUAUUCAACGCUUAACUUCAGGUCUAUCUGUAAACAUAAUUUUUUAAAUGUUUAUAAUUUUUUAUGUCGUUUUCGUCAAAACUCCCUUUUAAUGGCAAAAACACAAUAUAUGCAAUAUUUUUCCCAAAAAAAAUUCAAAGUAGAAUAUUUGAAUAAUUGAAAAAUAACACAAUAGGUCAUUCAUUCAUAACAUUUAUUCAUUAAUAUUUGUUGAGCAUUGACAGUUUUAAAAAAAUCCAACAAAAAUUCUUGGGGAUCCAAAACUCAUAAAAAUAUUAAAAAUAAGUGAAAACAUUUUUUUUUUACUUUUCAACUUCAGAUUUUUUUAUUUUUUUUUAAGUUUGUUUGUUUCAUUCCCUUUGUGUCAAAGAAAACUUAGU